AUGACCAACUGGAGAGAAUUGGGUGAGAUACCAGAUUCAGAGGACGAUGAGGGCUUCUAUAGUCAGCCGUUGGCUUCGCGACCGGUUGCUACUACCACUGACGCCGCCGUACCCGUCUACGAUCCAGAUCCUGGCAUUUGGGACUUUCCAGGCUCACCGAACAAUAACAAUAAUGACAACGUCGUUACGAAUCCGCGAACACCUGCCCUCUCGAUUCCAGAUGAAGAACAGGUGAUUGACCUCGUAGCCUCAUCGCCGUUGUCAUCUGCGCUUAGUGAAGAUGGGCUGCCUGGGGUUGAGGAUCUUUUUCCUGGAGACGACACCCAACAACAUGUGGGAAAACUAGAACAGGGAGACGCAAAACUAUUGGGAGCUUCGCAAGCAGAGAGCCAUUGCAGUUCUGCAGUGGCUCAAGAUUUGCCGUUGUCCCCGGACCCCCCUCUUGAUAAUCAUUCGUUCUCCCGCAAACCUGACGGACAGAGCCAAACAAUUGGGACUGGUGGGAUCUCUGAAGCUCAGCGAAUAGCAGUUCGAUACGAACGAUCGUUACGUCCUCGAAAACCCAUCCAAGAGCAUCCGUAUCUACUCGAAAAUGCUCAGUAUAGCAGUUUUUUGAAGUUGCACGGCGUAAAGCCUUUGCGAAUGGCCAUCGAGAAUGAGCGAAGGAAACGGGAUGCUCAACCGGGAGGAUCACAAGAGGAUGACUUUCAGGAGGACAGCCAGGAGUCCUGCAAACCAGACACUCUGGACGACUCGUCUACAGAUGAAAUCGGGCUUCCAGGAGACCUUGACGCUUUGCUUUUGCCAUCGUCAACACCCCUACGGCAGUCACCGACAACCAGACAUAUCGGAAUUAGCAGCCCAGUCAGCUCUCAUGGAGACACAGACAACACGAGUGUUGUAGAUGAAGACUUACCUGCUCUAGAGGAGCUGCUGACAAAGCCUCCGAAACUCGUCUUAACCAAGGCAAACAAACGAGAUGCAACUCCACUCACAUCGUCGAUUCGCAAAAGGAUGAGAAGAAAUAUUAUACAGAGUGACCCAGUCGACGAUGACUCUGUUCAAGCGGCAUCGGAUGUGCAAUCUCCAUUUAUACAGUUCUCGCCAUCUUUACGUGUCCCGCCACUUUUGGAGACCGGUUCCGAUGGAAUCCCGAACCCUCAAGUCUGUGAUAGAUCACCGACUCUGUCUGCAGCAAGCAUAUCUGGCAGAGCAAUGGGCGCUACUAACCGCGCUACAUAUAUUGCCUCAAGUGAUGAAGACGAUGGGAUCACCCCUGCAAAUAACAAUCCUACGUCUCCCGGUUCUGAUGGUUCUGAUACUGAAAAUGAGACAGUGACAACCAUGAGCCGCCGCAUACGAGGUGUUCUUCCUGCUUCAUGGCUGCGGCUUGACCGGCAAGCCGGCCGGGAAAAUGCAAAGAAUUCUCUCAGUCGCAGGACUCGUCUCCUACGAUCUCCUGAGAUCGAACACAAGCGAGGGGUCGCACAAUCGCGACAUGCCACAAAUGGAACAGCUGCUCUUCCAAUAUUUUAUGAUGCAUCGGAUGAGGAAGAGGUGCGAAGCACGUUAGAUGUCAAUGAGAAUAAAUGUGACAACCCAGCUCAAUUGGAGAUCGACCACCCCGAGGUGCCAAUUCGGGAACGAGACACAAACCAUGAGGACGAUGGAGGUGCCUCAGCUAUAGAGGACAACGGGGUCGAUUUCAUGCUCCCAGGACCGUCGCGGAAGCGUCAGCUUAAGCUGACCGAUAGCUUGGACCAAGGUGCCAGGAAACGACCGAAAAGAAAAGAUCAAAUCACGAAGCAAUCCUAUGGAAGGCUGAGGCAAGUCGGGAUCAAGGCACACUUGCAUGAAUCUCCAAUGCCGCGUAGGCCAGAUUCCUCACUGUUUGAACACUCUCAGAAGCAGGAUUUACGGAAACGAAAAAGCUCCCGAAAGCCCGCCGGGAAACAGGCUAGGACGUCGCCGCCGAAGCUUAGCAUUCUGGACACUAUCCAACCGGAUGCACCACAAUUUUUGAAGAUUGCUGCACGGACAGCACGGACUAGACAGCUUCAGGGUCGUUCAAGCCCAUAUAAGAAAACCAUACAGCUUGCAACUCGACAAGAUCAGCUUGAUGUGGCUUCAGUAUUGAUUGAUUGGCGCUCAGGCUCCAUCAAACAACGAGAUUCAGUCACUGCAGCAACAAAGUCACCUCAAAAGAAACGAGGCCGGGUUGUGCUGGCGGAAGCUUCCGGGAACCGGCAUGGCAAUAAUAUAACCAGAGCACAGUCCAGGCCUGGUGUAUCAAAGAAGCUCGUCAAGCAUGUGAGCAAUGGAGGAUCAAUUAGAUAUCUUCCAGCACAGGCUCAUCCUCAGCGACAACACCUGAAGAGUGCCCGGAAGAUUGCUGCCGUAAAAAAGACGCUUUCCCCGAGUUCAAUUCGUCCAGCACAAUUGGAGAGGGACGAAAUUGUUCAAAUGACCAAAUUUGAGUUCAACACUCGGAAGCGAUUUCUGGAUCGCCUGUAUCAAAACGGCCAUUCUGGAGUGAGAAAGCCAAGCAGCGAGCCGUCAUCUUUACGAGGUAGUAGCCGAAAUCUCGGGGUAUCUAUGCAAGAUACAGCAAAUAAACAACCAGACAAGGCUAAGCAAAUAUUGGGCGGAUCGCGAAAUCCCAAGAAGGCAGCUCCUCGGCGUAUCGACAUCGAUGCGCCUCAGUAUAGCCACGCAAAGGAUCCAGUCCCUGAAGUGUAUUCCGCAGAACCAAGUAUAGCUGGCACAGAGCCUGCUCAAGCCAAGCUUGUCGGCUUGGGACCCUAUGGUACACAGUACACUCAUCAUUUCGAAAUAUUCCCACUUCACCCUGAUGUCUUCUUCCACGAAUCUACUCUUAUCGGAAGCGGCGAGCUACAGUCUUGCGCCACGGCUGUCUUCUCGAUGCACACGUCGGAAGCACAACCUUGUAUGUCCAUAUCGCUUAAUGACCAUUUGUUUAGAUGGGGCGCUUGGAAUGACCAAACUUCCUCAGAACUAGGCGUGGUGCUGGAUUAUAUCGCAGAGGGUAUCGAGGCCCAGCUGGCUGGAAAGCCUGCUCCGUCACCCAGUGAACUGACUCCUGUUCUGGCCGCGUCGUUUGUACUAGGCUAUAUCAAAGACUCUUUUGGGUUCUUCGAACACAGCCAAAAACUGUCAUUCCUCUCCCGAGCUCGUGAAUGUCUGAAUAACCUCAAUAAUCGCACUAACUCAAUCCUCAGAACUGCCCGCUUCAGCAUUCAGAGCAUUGGUCAUGUUUUGCAGAUCUAUGAUAGACUGAUGCUUAUGGCCUUCCUUAUGCUGAGAUUUUGCAACCAGGACCCAUUGCUUAUAACUGAGAAGUUUUCAGUUGAAACAUGUCUUCAGAGUCUUGGUGAAACUGCGAUCAGCAUCCUCACUGAAUUGGGCAUUGGGAGCUUGCAGAAGUUCUACACGGAACUCCACAAUAGGCACUUCAGAGAAAGUGGAAUUCGAAACGACUAUCCUGUCAUACAUUCUUGGGUGAUGGUCAUGAAAGUCAUGGAUCUGGCGCACAUUCCGAGGGCGUCUUUUUGGGAUGUGGCUCAACGCUGGAUCGCCCCAAAGCAGGACUUGUCUACCAGUAACGCUCAAGACCACGAACGUAUCUGGGAGAAUGUGUUUACGCUUCUUCCCCUUAUGGAAUUUAGCAAUACUGGCGUACUCGUUGCUGGCCAGCGACACUCGGUGUCGAGCGAUGGCUGGACAAUUCCGCAGAAGCUUCUUAGGCAAGUUUUCCAGCUGUACGAGCGCAACCCACGACAGGCUGCCAGCUUCAACUAUUAUUGUCGAGCACUCGUUGGACGAUGCCACUACCUUGUUCAAGAAUGGGGUUGGAAGAAGUGUGUCAGUAUAAUUGGCUUGAUAUUCGACUUUUUCGGCUCACAGCAAUUGGCGCAUCUUCGAAAUGAAGAAGUAUUCAAGUCUCCGCGGUUUCUUGAGAGUCUAGGUGGCCGACCGAACCUAGCUAUCGAACCUGAAGACCGAUGCUUCCAUGUAUUUCUAAAACUUGUUGCAGUUGCAAUAAGAAAGCUCAGAGCUGCUGGCUCCAUGAAGGACAUCAGCAAUCUUGUGACAAGAAUUGUGCCGAAUCACAACCGACAGCAUCGCAAGGACGAAAAUGUGCAUGCACGCGACCUGGCAGCGCUGAGGAAUCAUCACGACUUGCUGUGUACAUUAUUUUGGGCUGCCCCUGCUGAAUGUCGCCCGUCUCCAAUUCUCAUUCAGAACCUUGUAGACCCGGCAGAUUCCCACAAAGAAGCAUGUCUGAUCAACCUACGUGCGUGGACUCAGCUUGCGCGGUUUGUCAUUAGCUCAGGGGAAACUAUGAUAUCAUGGAGGCCUUUCCACACCUGGCGAAAUUCGUUUUUUGAACAGGUACUCAAACAGUACAACUCAGUAGCGUCUGAAGUUGCACUACAGCUCUCAGCUCUUGGAAAAGAACUUAGCCAUUCGAUCACUGAAGAGAUGAUCCACACCACAGUUGCUGUCAACAAGGCUGCUUUGGUUGACGUUAUAUACGCAUCGUUGACAGCAUCAUUGGAUGUCAUCCGACAUGCUCCUGAUUUUCCGACAGCGACUUUCCCUUGGAAUAUACCACAGUUACGAACCAUAUUUACCCAGUUUUCAGUCACUCUUCCUGACCUGGCGUGGAGGCUCCUCAGAGUGGCCCUGGCAACACUCGAAACAAUGCUGUCAAAAAUCGACGAUUUCAAGGCGAAUGAAGAGAGCCAACAGAGUGAGAGCCAAAUUCCCAACGCCGACGUGGCAGACGAUGCGCUCCAACAUUUGGACCAGAAUUUGUCCAAGACAUUUUUCGGGAUGGCGAGGCGUGUCCUUGCAACUCCUGUGAAUGAGCAAGAUUGCCACACUGUUAAACAAGCACAAGUGGAAUGUACCGAGCAGAUUGUCAUCCUUGCUGCACGAAUGAGCACGAGAUUCAUCAACGGCGGUCUGAUGAGACUUGCUGGGGCUUUCAAAGGCAGCUAUCAAUUAUUCUCUGAAUCGCCGUUCACGUUGGAUUUGCGUCAACGCGGAUAUGUGGUCUUGUUUAUCUCAACUCUGCUACGAUACGGUAUUGAUGAUUUCGGCGACGCUGGCUUUAGUCUUUGUGACAUUUGGGUUUCCUCUCUGGCCAAGCCUCGUGCGUCUUUGAAAUAUGAGAUUGAACUAGGCAAAGAGCUUCGUCGCCGUGGAAAUAUGCUCGUGCCUGAGGCUGUGUUGGGCAUUUCUAUACAGCCCGAUUACAAUACCAACCGAGACCUAUUGGAGUAUGCAAUUUCAUCGAUGCGUAAAGCUGUUCGGGAUGCUGGGCCAACCCUUCGCGCUGCAAUGACGGCGGAAUAUUCAGCGGCGCUUAAGGUGAUGAUGGAUCAGAUCAAAGAGGACCUCAAGAAUGGGACGCAUACGUCGAAUGAGCAUGAUGGCUAUGUUGUCUUCAUUCAAGGCGUUAUUUCUCUUGUCAAGACGUAUGGGUCUGAUAUAUGCGCGGUGGACAAUUACUUUUGUCAAAUAAGCAAAGAAUACUCACCGUCUGCAGAAGAUCCUCAGCUCAAAGUCGCGAACCUCAAGUCGUACGGCUUGCGGCUUCAGGACGGCGACGCUCGCAUUGGCCAGUCGCUCUUCCACCUCCUCUUCAACAAUGCAAAAUUCUCGAUUUUCAACGGCAAAUUGACAGAGGAAGUUCACAUGCUGGGUAAAGGCAUGUCCAAUACCGGCGUCAAGACCUUCAUUGUGUCGAAAAUGCUGCCCUCCAUAAUCCAUGCCUCCUUUAAAGAGAACGAUGCCUUUCCGUUGCUUGACAUAUACGUGGAGGCUUUGGCACUUUGCUUAAGUGGCAAGGCUAUACCGCUGGAGCUCUCAGCUGAUGAUGCGCCCGCAAUUUGUACGUUGCUGCAAGCUAUGCUGAAUGGAAUAAACGGGCUGUUCAGUGGUGGACGGGGACGGUCCUUGAACGGGUCUCAGAUUCAUCUUGCGAACCAGGCGAUUGGCCUUGGUAAUUUGCUUUGGCCGUCCAUUCACGUACUUUCAAUGUCCAGCUCGCAACCGCCGCUGUGGACAAAGAUGUGGAGUUUGUUGUGUGAUUUUUGGGCGGUUGUUUCGAAGUGCCGCAUUUGUCUGCAGAGUUCAAAUGGGGAAGAAUUGAGUAGUGAGGUGGCCCAGUUCGAAAGUCUUGUAAUGGGCACAAGGGAAGCCCGAAACGAAGCAGACGAAUUUGGUUCGGACGUGGUGAACUUUGCGGAAAACAUCAUCCAAGACGUAAGGAAGAACUGGAAAGUUACGGAAGACAAGAUCGUGAUACAUAUGCCGGGCCAGAAGAAAGGUGCAGCGUUGGCACCCUUGGUAGGAUAUACCAGAUGGAAAACAGGAAGCCUCAUUAACGAAUUGAACGAUGGGAUACGGGAGUGGAGUUGGUGGUGGCGCAAGGCAAACGGUCUAUCGUGUCUGGAGGAGCAUUCGGGCAGCACUGUAUUUUGA